AGGAGAUCGCUCGUACCAUAGAGAAGCUCCAACGUUGUUAUAGCUCCAUCUGCCACGAACUGGCAGUAGACCAGGCUCAUUGUGUAGAAGUUGAUGAACAUCUUGAACAAGCUUGCAACCUUUCUGAGAGUAAGCGCAAGCAUCUUAUCCAGCAGAGUUCCAUAAUAGGUCAUCUGGAGCGCGUUGGUCUUCUAAGAAAUGAUUCCUCUGCUUGUAUUUUGGAACUUGGUGCAGGUAAAGAAAACCCUUCGUUGAAUAUAAAGCGGUUGCGGUGCUCCAUUGAGCAUCUUAAUCUGGCGGAAGUGGAGAUGCUGAAGGAUGUGUCAAAUCUGUGCGCCGUCUGUAAGCACUUCUGUGGCACUGCGACUGACGCCGGCAUUCGAUGUCUGUCGAAUGGUAUGCGCAGUGGGCUCAGUCUUGACGGCUUCGUUUUGGUACCUUGUUGCCAUCACAAAUCUCGAUACGUUGAGUACUCCGGGCGAGAGUUCUUAGCUCUAUGGAAUAUGGACAGCGAAGGUGAUUUCGCUGCCUUACGUCAUAUUGCUACAUGGGCUGUUUGUGGAUUUGGCAAGGUGAAUGCUGUCCGAGAAUCUGAAGCAG